GUUAAUCGACAGUAUCCCUGGUAUAUGCAACCGCCUGAAUAUGAUGCUCCCUUCCAGCUUGCUGACUAUGUUCACCAAGAGUUCAAUGGCAAACUCCAGCAGGCUGUCAUAAGGGACAUACAUACAUUCAACUGUAAGCUGAUGUUUAUAGAUUUAGCAGUGCAAGUAUGCCUUCACGAGAUGCACCAGUGGCUGGAAUUCACUCGAUUCGCUUUCAUUAUUGUGGUGGCGCGUAGCCAAGAUGCGGUAAAGCAGAUUAAAUUGAUGGGACAAAAUUUGACCGCGGUGAUGAUCGAGGAAGAUAUUAAGCGCACUUGGCAAGAGCAACUGACAGAGUCGCUCCACGUAUGCAUGGCACAUGCGUCUGAACUGGGACUUGUCGAAUACUGCACACAAUCGUUUGCAUUCGUUUUCUCACGAAAUCGGAAUAGUUGCCGCUUAAAUACGCACAGAGUGCUGAGAAUGAAGGCUUAGUUAGCUUCCAAAUUUUAAGGGUUAGGAGUGUUAAUGAGGGUUUAAAAAGUAUGUGACUUCCGCAGGAUAUCCAACGUUAAAUAGAUCUACAUACAAAUACAAAU